AAUAAAUUAAUUCGCAAGAUGCUGCGCUCUGCUGCUCAUAAAAUUCCCCUCACCAUUUCUUUAAUCAACCAGUAACUGUAAGUGGCAUUAAUCGCCAUUAAAGACGCGCAGUCGCCAACAACACUCUGCUUUGAGCUUUCCAUUUCCUCGAGCAUUUUGAUUUUGGAUUCUUCUUCUUGGCGAAAGGAAAAAAGAUCUGCAUCAUUGUUGAGGAAGAUCUAAACGGUUUGGCUACUUUCCUUUUGGCGCUCACUCGCGCAGUCUUCCGCUUCGGUUUGCACUCGAAAAUGCUUCAACGGCUGAUACUGCUCGUUUUCCUCCUCCUGCAAUGUGUUUUUGGAGAGGAAACGUGCUCGGGAAUCGUGCCGAUGAAGAUGCGGGCGGAGACGAUAUCGAUUGUGGAUUUUGGAGGAGUUGGAGACGGGCGGACGCUGAAUACAAAGGCGUUCAAAGAGGCGAUCUAUCGGAUCGAGCACUUGAAUCGUCCCGGCGGUACGCUUCUCUACGUUCCUGCCGGAGUCUGGCUCACUGGAGCGUUUAAUCUCACCAGCUACAUGACGCUUUUUCUCGCCAAGGGCGCGGUCAUCAGGGCCACACAGGAUGCAGAGAGCUGGCCUUUGAUUGAUCCUUUGCCAUCUUAUGGGAGAG